UACGAGCUGCGGCAGCCGGAGUCAUGGCAGGACAGGCAUUUAGAAAGUUUCUUCCCCUCUUUGACCGAGUAUUAGUUGAAAGAAGUGCAGCCGAAACUGUAACCAAAGGAGGCAUUAUGCUUCCAGAAAAAUCACAAGGAAAAGUAUUGCAAGCAACGGUGGUAGCUGUUGGAUCAGGCUCUAAAGGAAAGGGUGGAGAGAUUCAACCAGUUAGUGUGAAAGUUGGAGAUAAAGUUCUUCUCCCAGAAUAUGGAGGCACCAAAGUAGUUCUAGACAACAAGGAUUAUUUCUUAUUUAGAGAUGGUGACAUUCUUGGGAAAUACGUUGACUGAAAUAAGUCACUAUUGAAAUGGCAUCACGUGA